AUGUCUCUCAAGGUCGUCGUCCUCGCUUGCGUGGCUGUCGUUGCUCUCUGCGACAAGGCCCCAGUCUACGCCCCUCCUCCUCCCGCCUACGCCCCUGCACCCUACCACGCCCCCGAACCUGCCUACCACGCCCCUGCACCCUACCACGCCCCCGAACCUGCCUACCACGCCCCUGCACACUACGAGCCCGAAUACCCUGAUAUCGUCAAGUACGUGGACAACGGCGAGGGUCUUGUAGCUGAGGUCACCUACGAGGGCGAGGCUCAGUACCCCGAGCACACGCCCGCCUACAAGCCCGCUCCCCCCGCCUAUGCCCCCCCUCCCCCCACCUAUGCUUAA